GCAAAAAAGCAAGCACACAUAACAUCGCAGCACAAAAGGUUCCGUUGUUGCAGAUAAUUGACGUGUACAGACCACUUUCUGUUUCAGUGUAAAAAAUUGUCCACAAAAAACGAUCGUCAUGGAUUCCACAAUGUCGAGCAAUUCGACGUGCGAUUCAGCCAGCGGUUUUGAGAAUUCUCCGAUUGCUGGAACUGCUGUAAUCAACAAACGUAAAGCUCCAGUCGGCAGUGAAUUCUGCAAACGAUCGUGCAGCAAACUCUACUUGGAAGAAGAAACGGCCGACGUUCAUUUUGCGUUCAAUGCAGAUGGAGUCGAGUGCAAAAUACCGGCUCACAAGUACAUGUUGGCAAUCGGGAGUCCGGUAUUUGAUGCAAUGUUUUACGGAGAAUUGAAAGAAAUGGGAAAUGUGACCAUAACGGAUUGCACGGCGGAAUCGUUCAAAGAAUUUUUACAAUUUUUCUAUUUGGAUCACGUCGAGCUGACAGUCACAAAUGGACCGGAAGUAAUGUAUUUGAUCCACAAGUACGGGACAAGUGAAUGCUUUCCGAUCUGCGAACGGUUUUUGGCGCAAAAUUUUACCAUGGAAAUGGUCGGCUGGAUUUUGGAGCAGACAAUGCUUUUCAAUCGAAUCGGUUUACGAAAAUUCGUUCUAAAUCGAAUUAUGAAUGAAACUGAGGAGUACUUCCAAUCCGACGCGUUCAUAAAUUGUACCCCGGAAUUGCUGAAAAUGGUCCUCGAAUUGGAACGCUUCAAUGUUCGCGAACACUCGGUGUUUUAUGCGUGCAUCGCUUGGUCAAGAAAUGCAUGCGUCACGACGAACGCAGAUCCAAAUAUGUCCAAUUUACGUCACCACCUGGGUGACUGUUUUCAUCUGAUUCAAUUUGCCGCAAUGUCUCGCAACGAAAUUUCCGGAUGCAUAUCGAAAUACGGCCAGCUAUUUACGCACGAAGAACUGAUCGAAAUUAUCAACAUAACAACGCUAGGUGACAGGACGAAGCUAACAUAUUUCGUUGGCAAUAGUCGAGUCAGAUCCGUCGAAUGGAGCGUCAAUGCCAGCAUGGUUUUUUCGCCCAGAGAUUUCGCCGAAUGCAGUUUAAGGAAAUGCGAGACGGGCCUAUUCCGCACCAACACUAACAUUUUACUUGGUGCUGUUGCUACACAACCCAUCGUUGCGAACACGAAGCAGAGAGGUAAGCUGUUCGGCAUAUUGAAAAUCAUCGAAAGUGAUGUGACCAGCGAGACCAGUGACUUCUUCGUUCUCACCGAGCAACCAUUCUUUGCGACUUACGGUGACGAAACGGUUCCCACAAAUUUCACCCAAUUGGUCCGACCGAUUGUCAUUGAACGGAAAAAGGUCUACACAAUCCGCAUCGAGUUCGAUUCGAGUUGGGUCGACGGUAAAUUUACGACGAGAGAAAUUUGGGACAAUCAGUACGUUUCCAUCCGCGACUACAAAGUUCUGUUCCAGUCCGGAUUUGUUUCCCACUUGUACUGUACUUAAACGAUGACGAAAUAAAGAGAAUUGAAAAGACGAUAA